AUGAACAAGCUCUACAUCGGCAACCUUGGCGAGAACGUCAGCCCCCUCGACCUGGAAAGUCUCUUUAAGGACUCCAAGAUACCAUUCUCGGGCCAGUUCCUGGUGAAGACGGGGUACGCCUUCGUGGAUUGCCCCGACGAGAGCUGGGCCAUGAAGGCCAUCGAGGCACUUUCAGGUAAAGUGGAGCUGCAUGGGAAACUCAUAGAAGUUGAACAUUCAGUCCCUAAAAGACAAAGGAGUCGGAAGCUUCAGAUCAGAAAUAUCCCGCCUCAUUUGCAGUGGGAGGUGUUGGACAGUUUGUUAGCUCAGUAUGGAACAGUGGAAAACUGUGAGCAAGUGAACACUGACACCGAGACUGCAGUUGUAAAUGUAACAUAUGGCAAUAAGGACCAGGCUAGACAAGCAAUAGAAAAACUGAACGGGUUUCAGCUUGAAAACUAUUCCUUGAAAGUUGCAUACAUCCCUGAUGAAAUGGCAGCCCAGCAACCUCCACAACAACAUCCCCAAGGAAGACGUGGAUUUGGGCAGAGGGGUCCUCCAAGGCAAGGGUCACCCGGUGCGACCACAAGGCAGAAACCACAGUCGGAUGUUCCUCUGCGGAUGCUGGUUCCCACGCAGUUCGUAGGAGCCAUUAUUGGGAAAGAAGGAGCAACAAUCAGAAACAUUACAAAGCAGACACAGUCCAAAAUUGAUAUCCAUCGCAAAGAGAAUGCAGGUGCUGCUGAGAAACCCAUUACCAUCCACUCAACUCCUGAAGGUUGCUCAACAGCUUGUAAAAUUAUUAUGGAGAUCAUGCAAAAAGAAGCUCAAGACACUAAAUUUACAGAAGAAAUUCCCUUGAAGAUAUUGGCACACAACAACUUCGUUGGCCGACUUAUUGGCAAAGAAGGAAGAAACCUGAAGAAAAUUGAACAGGACACAGACACUAAAAUCACAAUAUCUCCAUUGCAGGACUUGACACUCUAUAAUCCAGAAAGGACCAUUACAGUUAAAGGCAGUAUUGAAACUUGUGCCAAGGCUGAGGAAGAAAUUAUGAAGAAAAUCAGGGAGUCCUAUGAAAAUGAUAUUGCUGCUAUGAAUCUUCAAGCACAUUUAAUUCCUGGAUUAAAUCUGAAUGCCUUGGGUCUGUUCCCACCUUCUUCUUCAGGAAUACCACCUCCCGCAGUGAGUGUUGCCUCCGCUGCUGCUGCUGCUUCAUAUCCACCAUUUGGGCAGUUUCAACAGCCCGAGUCUGAGACCGUUCAUCUGUUCAUCCCAGCCUUGGCAGUUGGAGCUAUUAUUGGCAAGCAGGGACAGCACAUCAAACAACUUUCUCGUUUCGCAGGCGCGUCCAUUAAGAUUGCGCCUGCUGAAGGACCAGAUGCCAAGCUGAGAAUGGUUAUCAUCACUGGACCUCCAGAGGCUCAGUUCAAGGCUCAAGGGAGGAUCUAUGGGAAACUUAAAGAAGAAAAUUUCUUUGGACCUAAAGAAGAAGUGAAACUUGAGGCUCAUAUAAAAGUGCCAUCCUAUGCUGCUGGUAGAGUUAUUGGAAAAGGAGGCAAAACUGUAAAUGAGCUUCAAAACUUGACAAGUGCAGAAGUUGUAGUCCCUCGUGACCAGACACCUGAUGAAAAUGACCAGGUGGUUGUGAAAAUAACUGGUCACUUCUAUGCAUGCCAGCUUGCUCAGAGAAAAAUUCAGGAAAUACUGGCUCAGGUAAGAAGGCAGCAGCAACAGCAAAAAACAUUGCAAAGUGGACAGCCUCAGCCAAGACGGAAAUAA